AAGCUAGGGGUUAAAGGUCGAAGGUGAUUGGAUGAAAAAGAGACAGAGAGACCGACAGUGAAACAGAUUGUUGACAGGAGAGAAAGUGGGACUGUUGUCUGUUCAUCAUGGAUUUCUCAGCGCAGGUUUUGCUCCUGUGUUCCCUGUUAUAUUCAGUGGCUGGUCAGGCUCCUGUCGUCUCAGUGCAGCCCCGAGCUGCGACUGUGCGCCAAGGGGAGUCUGCCAGCUUCAGAUGCCAGGUGGGGGUUGGUGCACAGCCAGUCCAACUGCAGUGGAAGAGGGCCAAUAAUCAAGCAUUACCAGACAAUGCUAAGACCGGUCCUGAUGGCUCUGUGCUGACGGUGGCUAACACCCGACCUGAAAACCAGGGCCAGUACCGCUGCAUAGCAGUCAACUCUGCAGGCCGCGGCACUGCCACGGCUGCGCUCAAUGUCAAAUAUGCUCCUAAAGUGCGGCUGACACCAUCUGGGCCCCUGCGGGUCAGAAUGGGCGAGUCUGUGUCAGUGGAGUGUCGUGCCACUGGCAGGCCACGCCCCACGCUGACCUGGAAACGCCAAGGCUCAACUCUGCAGCUGGUUACCAAGGAGGCAAAUGAUGUCAACACCAUCCAGUGGCCUGCAAUUCAUCCAGAGGACUCGGGAGUUUAUAUUUGCCAGGGUGAAAACAGUGAGGGGGUGACAGAGGUCAAAGUUGACAUCGUUGUUGAGGGCGGGCCAGGAGCACCAGUGGCGUCAGUGAGCGCCACAUUAAUAACAGCAGUGGAGGGACAUACAGUCACAAUGGAGUGUCAGGCCACUGGUUCUCCUGCACCUGUCAUCACCUGGUCCAAGCUGCGAGCACCGCUGCCAUGGAAACACACAGUGGCCGGUGGAGUUUUGUCACUGACCAGUGUGGGGCGCCAAGAUUCAGGACAAUACAUCUGUAAUGCAACCAACGUGCAUGGCUACAGUGAAGCCUACACGCAGAUGGAAGUGGAGGCUCCUCCGUACGCCACCUGCCUGCCAGACCAGGUGAGGCUCCAGCCCAGAGACGCCCUGCGUGUGCAGUGCCUUGCCCACGGUACUCAUCCCAUUCAGUUUGAGUGGAGCCGGGCGGGCAGGGCGAGCCUGCCUCCAGGAGCAGAGACCACGAAGGAUGGCAUGCUGCUCGUAGCUCACGUUAAGCUGAGCGACAGCGGAACGUACAAAUGUGUGGCCACCAACCACAUCGGCUCCAGUGAGGCACUGGUUAAAGUCCUUGUGAAAGCUUAAUCCACUGUGGUCACUGUGUCUAAUUGACAAACCAUCUAUCUAUGUAGCUCUUACAAUUUGUACAAGCAUGGAUUGUUCCCAUCAAGACAGUCAAACAAUACUGACACUAAUACUGAGAGAACAGAAAAUUAUAUUUAAUAGAUUCAUAUAUUUUGACGUGAAGUGAAAGAUAUCAAUGCUGUUUAAACAUUGGGCUGUUUUGUGCAUAAGGGGUUACAUUUGUACUUUUGUAGAAAAUUGAUACUGUUGUAGUACUGCUGUACUCCUGUCUCAUAUCUGCCUUUGGAAAGUUUUUCUCUAAAGCUCAGUGUGGACUGACGUCCGACAGUAUGUGUGUGGGAGUUUCUUCUGCUGGAAUGCCUCUGCGGCCUGUCUGCCUCCCUUCAUGUCAGCUGCUAAGUCCACACUGUUGCACUUCCAAAAUUGAAAGGAGGACACAAAACAAACAAAAAACCGAUUUAAUAUAAAACCCUUAUUACUCUCAAAACAA